AUGGCUUCUUUGCCCAGCAGCCCCUCUCGUUCCCCAGUUGCCAUUGCUCAUCUCACCUGCAUAGCCGCCCGCUUCCUUCGCAUUGUCGUCGCUUGGACUUUGCUAGCUUCUGCUUUCCCCGUCCGUAUACCCCACCUGCGGGGCCGCAGUCCGUGA